AUGGGGCUGUUAGAAAAUAAGGAUACAUUAGACCCCAUAGGUGGAUGGUAUGAGUAUUUGGGGGCUCAAAGGUGGAUGACAGGGGUAUUUAGGGGCUCAAAGGUGAAUGGAGGAGAACAGGAGAUCAUCAGAGACAUUAACAAACCACAAGAAGAAGGUAAUGUAGUAAUAAAGUUGGAUAUGGCAAUGGUGUACGAUAGAGUAGUCUGGCCAUACUUAUGUGGUCUAAUGAAGAAGAUGGGUUUCUCAGAGACAUGGGUGGAUCUCAUCUACAGACACAUAUCCAACAAUUUGUAUUCACUGAUUGUAAAUGGGCAAAGACAUGGUUUCUUCAGGGCAGAGAAUGGAUUAAGACAAGGGGACCCAAUAUCUCCAUCCUUGCUUGUCCUAAGUGCAGAGUUACUCUCAGUCAUGCUAAAUAACUUACUGGAAAAGAAGAGGUAUACAGGUUUUUAUAUGAAUAGAUUCGGGCCACAGGUCACUCAUUUGGCCUUUGCAGAUGACAUGAUACUCUUCGUUAGUGGGCACAAAAGAAGCAUCAAAAUGGUCAUGAGAACACUAGCAAGGUAUGAGAUAACCUCAGGGCAGAAGGUGAAUAAGGAUAAGAGUUGUUUCAUGCUAGCAACAAAUGCACCACCUAGGCUAAAGAACAAAAUAGCUAGAUACAGUGGGAUGCAACACAAAGAAUUUCUAGUAAAGUAUUUGGGGUGUCCAUUAAUAGUAGGAAGACAGAAAAUCGCUUAUUACUCAGAUAUCAUUAGUAAGGUUACAAGUGGGGCUCAAUUUAGGCAAUUGAAAGAUGUCAGUGCAGCUUUUUCAGUAAAAUCUUGGUGGAACUUGAGGACAGGAAACUCUUUGUGGAAAGAGUUCAUGAUGGCCAAAUAUUUCAGAAAUAAGCAUCCCAUAAUAGCAAAGUGGAGGAAAGGUCAUUCAAUUUGUUGGAAGGAAUUGUGCAACUUGAGAUCAGAGGUGGAGGAGAGCAUGUUGUGGAUCCCAAGUGAAGGUAAUAAUUCCUUUUGGUAUGAUAACCGGACUAAUCAUGGUGCUCUUUAUCACUAUCUAGAGGAGGAUUAUCAACCUAGGGAUAUUCUGCUACAAUAUGUCUUAGUGAAUGGAAUAUGGCAACAAGAGGUUUUUGAGCUUGAGCUCCCGGAAGAUAUCCAAGAGAUUCUGGUGCAGCAGCAGCUUAUCUUGAAACAAGAGGUACAAGACAGAGCUAUUUGGAAACUAAACAAAAAUUGUUUCUUUACAGUAGCAUCAGUAUGGGACCUAUUGAGACAGAAGAAGGAGGUAAGUGAUAUUAAUGCAAAAGUGUGGCACAAAAUAAUUCCUUUCAAGCAAGCAUUUAUCACAUGGAGGGCACUAAUCAAUAGGUUACCCCUAGAUGCAAACAUAACCAUAUUUGGACAUGAACUGGAAGUUAAAUGCCACUGUUGUUUUCCCCCAGUAUUGGAAUUGGAGUCAGUAGAACAUCUAUUUUGCUCAGGAACAUUUGCACAAAACAUAUGGAGCAAAUUUGGGGGACUGUUCAGAGUACAAACUAGAGGAAUGCAGCUUAGACAACUACUCCUACAAUGGUGGUCUCAUAAAACAUGGAAUAUGAUAGCAACUAGUAUGGUGAAGGCUCUCCCAACAUUGAUUAUGUGGGAAUUAUGGAGGUCGAGAUGUGCAUCAAGAUAUGGCUCAGAAAGGCCAUCGGGACAAAGAUCAGAAUUUCUAAUUUUACAGGCAUUAAUUGGAAUUACUGAACAAAAAUUUGGAAAAAUUAGAUUGCAACCAACAUGGGAGUUCAUGCAACAUCUCAUUGAUAAGCCAAUGACCCACAAAUCAGUCAAAAUAGUGAAAUGGGGCAGACCACCAACACAUUGGCAAAAAAUAAAUACUGAUGGCAGUUGUAAAGAGGGAUACUGUGAAACAGGGGGAAUCAUAAGGGACAGUGAAGGAAAAAUGAUAAUUGCAUUUUCAAUAUACAUAGGAGCAGGAACAAACAACUAG